AUGUACUUAUGGAUACCUGCUUGCCCCAAAUGGCUCGAAACUGGCGCAGUUUCCAUCACUUGUGACCGCUGUUGAAUUUCUAGAUUGCUCGUGAAACUGUUGUCAAAUGCCGGCCCCAAACUGCCCCAUCUCAUCAUCUCUGAACUCAAACCUGCGGCAUUCACUCCGCGAUCCAUCCAAACAGUCAUAUGAUGAUGCCCAUCUCAUCCAUCAUAUCGCGGGGACAGAGCGAAUUAAAGUAUUGUCUAAAAAGUUUUAAGUUGUGCGAUCGUCGCUUUUGACAAGCCUCGGCCUGGGGAUGCUCAGGAUGUAUCCGAGACAUGAGGGAGGACCCUUCCGGGCGUUCGUAGUGCGGAGAUCUCAAGCUUGUGCUUCGGAAACAAGACAGUUCAUCUCAUCCAUUGUUCAAAGCACUAGAAACAAAUUCAUUCCGAACUCUAGAAUGUGGCCUCCAAUAUUAUGAUUACCAGAUCCUGUAGAGAGGCACACUUUGCAUCGGACAAAGGCCCGUGUCGCUAACAGUCAAGGGAUAGGCACAGGUUCUGGCUUCAUAUACCCAAAUGGGCGAUGUACAUCUGAAAGUUGGCAAAGUGGAGCAAAUGGCUUUGUUGGCUGACUUGACUCGGACCGUUUCUCUUAGACUUGACUAUGUUGAAAGCCGACAAAAUGUUGAGAAGGCCCGAGGCUUCUAAUCAGCACUUCAGCUGCUGGCCCUCCAUCUUGACGGAGAAACGCUAAGAAGGGAAAAAUAGCGAUGGCUGAAAUCCCCUUUCCCCGAAAUGUGAAUGAAUCAAAUUCCAACAAGCAACAUGUUUUAUGACGCUGUUCUGUCGAUCCUUUUAUCUGGUGAUGAGUGCGAUAACAUCUCCCGAGUCCAGUAUUGCUAUCGGCAGGGAUCAAGGACAUAGGAUGACAACACAGCACAUGGAUCGAGGGGUCUGGGUUUCUUCCCCUCCUACUAGUAUCAACGCAAAAACUACACACCCCCUUAUGCAGACCAGCGAAUGAAAUGGCCGCAUAACCUACAAAGCAUCACAAACCAAGAACAAGCACCCAAUAACAACAGCGCGGCUGAAAGGGCCCUCGAGGCCCUGCAGGAAACACCGCGGUACCUUGCGAUGAACACAUGUUCCGGUUGUUACAGUAGAGUUGCUGGCUUGCGGUACGCCAACCAGCGAUGCACGCCUCACAGCAAGCCACGCCAGCCACUUGGACCCUGAAAGACGCCGGCGCUGGCACCAAACAAGCAUAGACAUGUCACUACCAUGACCUACGCUGGUGAUCAUCCGGCAAAGCUCCAGGCUAGCCAGCCUCUCACAGUGCUCAGUCCAACCUCCAGAGCGCCAAGCCCAUAUGAUCCUUAUCCCUUAUCCAGGUACGAUCAGCGGCUUCUGCUGCUCUGCACCACCAUUCAGGGUACACGCUCCGGCUCAAUGCCCGAGCUUCAUCUAUGCUUUACGGGGAUAGUCCAGGUUUUACAGCUAAAGUAUAUGCAAGGUAGGUGAUCAGAUCAGGUAGGUUUGCGUUCUUUGGUAAGGAUGGGCCGCUCCUUGGAAUCCUACUUAAGCUUGUGGUUGCCCAGGUACCUAUUCCGCUUUCUUUUCAGCCUCCUUUAGGACUGACUUGCUUUCACUUUGUACUGAAUGCUAUACACAACUACACAUAUCUUCUCAUUAAGAUACCCAUCAUCAUGGUAUUUGUCAAAGCUUUAGCUGUUGCAGCAGCUUGUCUUUCGCUGGUGGAUGCGAAUCCAUUACGACAGCGAGCCCUAGGAUUUGAUUACAACAACAACAAAGUUCGUGGGGUGAAUUUAGGAGGUUGGCUCGUCCUCGAGCCAUGGAUUACACCCUCAAUUUUCGAGGAAUGGGCAAAUGGAGGCGGAGUGGUAGACGAAUACACCUUAUCCGCAACUCUUGGGAAAGAUGAAGCCUCGAGGCGUUUAAACGCACAUUGGUCCAGCUGGGUCACAGAAGAAGACUUCGCAGAAAUCGCUUCCUUCGGCCUGAACCAUGUACGAAUCCCAGUCGGAUAUUGGGCUUUGAACCCACUCCCAGGAGAUCCAUACGUCCAAGGGCAGUUGCCAUAUCUUGAUCAAGCAAUUGUAUGGGCUAGAAAUCAUGGGCUGAAAGUCAUGCUUGAUUUGCAUGGAGCACCUGGGUCUCAGAAUGGUUUCGACAACAGCGGAAGGAGGGGAGAUAUCCAAUGGCAAUCAGGAGACAAUGUUCCACAGACUGUCCAAGCGAUCCGUAACCUCGCGGAACGAUAUGCCAGCCAAUCUGAUGUCGUUACGGCCAUUCAACUUCUUAACGAGCCAGCAAACUGGGGGAAUGACAUGGGACAGAUCAAGAAAUACUGGUACGAUGGCUGGGGAACUGUGAGAGAAUUAAACCAGGAUACGGCCGUUGUAAUCCACGACUCUUUCCUCGAUCCGCAAUCAUACUGGAAUGGAUUCAUGAACGCCGAGAGCGGCGUUAACAAUGUUAUUCUUGAUACGCAUAUCUACCAAAUCUUUACGGACGAACUCAUCAGUCUCAAACCCUGCGACCACGUACAAAACGCCUGCUCUAAUAUCCCCAAGCUAUCCGGCACCGAUAAAUGGACAGUCGUUGGAGAAUGGACCGGUGCGCAAACUGACUGCGCGAAAUGGCUCAACGGCCUCGGUCGCGGUGCACGCUACGAUGGUACAUUCGAAGAAGGUAAGGGCUAUUAUGGCGACUGUCAGACCAAGUACCAAGGCACUGUUGAUGGUUUAUUGGAAGUCGACAAGAUCAAUCUUGAAUACUACAUUGAGGCACAACUGGAUGCCUAUGAGAGCCAUUCUGGCUGGAUCUUCUGGGCUUGGAAGACCGAGAGUGCGCCUGAGUGGAACUUCAGGGAUCUGACCCGCGCAGGCAUCAUUCCACAACCCUUGACUGCAAGGAAACACCCAGGUCAAUGUCAGACGUCGCAGUGUAUGAUUCCAGGGAACUAGAUCACUCCACCCGGAGAAGGAUUUGGGAUGAGAGGGGGGUGUGCAUAUGUACAGUACUCACUUCCGAGAUUGGACGUGGAGGAUGUGACGAGAGACAGGAUUUACGAUUUUACGACAUACCGAUACCCUUUCAUUCGCUCAGGGCGUUCAUUCGCUGCCUGUAUUACUGGGUUGGAUUACUUCCGGGUCGAUUUUAGAUGAUAUUUGAAAUACUUGAGAAAAGCAGGAUACUUAGUGUAGUAUUAUAUAGCGACCAGGCUUGUAAAUGAAAACA